AUGUCUCGUAAACAACUGAUUGAUUCAUUAGCUGAAAUAGGUAUAUUAAUUCCUACUGGAAUAAAAAUUGAUGUGUUACGUCUAUUAUAUGAAACUAAUAUUAUCGAAGAUCAAAAGAAAAAGAAGAAUACAGUUUCAAUUACAUCAACAAUGGCUAAUACUCAUCUUCAUCAACAUGCUGCAUCGGCUGAUGAUUCUUCGGAUGAUAUGCAUCAAAUUGAUGAUAUUAAUAUUAAUUAUAACAAAAUGACUUCAGCCGAUACACAAGAUGAAGAAGGAAAUCAUAUUUUUCCUCGUCAACCAAAAAUAUCAAAUGAAUUUUCUCGUCAAGCUGAAAUAACAAAUAAUAUUAAUAAUAAUCCUGGUAAGCCAUUUACAUUGUUUUCGGCUCCAACGGCUGAAGAAAACUUACAUUUUGGAAGUAGUGGAGUAUCUGUACGAGGAGAAAAUGAUCUUGAAACUGUUCCGAAAGGUUUAAGAAAAGCUAUUAUUGAAGGUUAUAAUGUUAAUUUGGUUCGUCUUCUUCUUCCUCGAGACAACAAAAAAUAUAGUCGUAAUGAUGAUGAUGAUGAUGAAGACAAAAAUGUUUAUCUUAAACAAAAGGAUGAUCCUCGUUUAGAUAAAAAUCUUACUAUUCUUGAAUUUAUAUUAGCUUUUACUCGUUAUUUAAAUAUCAUCUGUGAAGUUUUUUCUCAACGACGUCGUGAAUUAACAGCUUAUUUGUGUAAUAUAAUUCGUUUAUCUUCUCGGUUUGGCCAUCCUUUUUUCUAUCAUUAUCACCGUUUAUUUGCUCAAAAAGCUGAAACUCUCUUGCAAACACGUAACAUUUUGAUCGAUUGGUCCAAAAUAGACCACGAUAUUUAUUUUAAUGUUUUCUCUGGCUUACGACCAAUUGUUUGUGAUUUAUGUCGAAGUCCAGACCACUCCACAUCUUUUUGUAAAAAAAUACUCAAUCGGGAUGAUUUGAUCGAAAAAAUGUUAUCGGAAAAUCACGAUCGUUUUACAUUUUCAAGAAGUGCCCAAAAAUGACUAUAAAAAAUGUCUUAACUUUAUUUUAUUUUUAUUUUAUUUUUGUUGUAUUAAUUGUUUUGUUUUUAUCACUUUGUACUUUGGCAGUAAAUACAUAUAUGCCCAACUCGCCACUACAUUAAUAACAGUUUUUUCAUAGAGAGAUCGGCAUGAAGACACAUUAAUAGAUACUGUAAUCACAGAAAAAAAUGUGUACUAUGAUUGAUUAAACGUUUUAGUAAAUUAGAAUUUCACCAUACUUUUGCUGCUAAACAAACAACAUUUUGACUCUAUAAUCUCAAUACAUAUUAUAUAAAAAUUUUUAUUUGAAUAAUCUGCAUUGCUUUAUUAAUAAAUAUCUUUUUGUGUGAUGUAAAUUCAACAUUAAUUAUAAAUGUGAUUUUAGCCGAUUUUUUUUUACUAUUUGGUGACAUCGAUCUUUAUUUUAAACAACAAUGCAUUUUUAAUCGCAUAUUUGUUUAGAAGAAGUAUAAACGAAGAAGAUGAAGGUUGACAAACAAUAUUGAUAAAUGGAUUGAUGACUGAGAAUUAACAAUUAUAUUAGAAAAUUCAUAUUACUAUUCCAAUUCGAGAAUUUUCUUAAGCUUAAAUAAAAUUUAAAAAUAUAAAUUAUUGUUUCGCUCUUUCGAAUUCUUUUUUAGAUGCAAUAUUUUUCUUCUUUGAUUACAAACAUUUGCAUAUACAAAUUAAAAUCUGCAUAUGUUGUUUCGAAAAUAAAAAUAAGACUUAUAUAACGUUUGAAAAGUUUCUAUUUUUGAACUAUUUUAAGCUACAUAAAUAAAAAAUACAACAAAAUGUUGUCCAUCAAAAGCUUUAUCGCUAUCAGCUUUGGUAAAAUUUUUUAGAUACGCUCUUGACUCUUUCAUGGAAAAAUAAUUUGGAAAUUAAAAUUUUUAUAAAAUAGAGUCUUUUGCAAGAACAACCAGUUUUGAAGGACAUCAGCCACAAUCUCUAAAAAUCAUAUAUAAACUAGAUUCUUUGCGUGAUAUUUGUUCGAAAUAUGUCACAUCAUAGAAACUUAGCAGAAGAAAACAAUUCAAAAAAUACGUUUUUUUUUGUUGCAAAACGGUCAGAUAGUUAAAACUACUAAAUUCUACAGUCUCUUUCAGAAAUAUCUACAUUUUGUUAUAAAAACCAAGUAUCAAUUUAACUUCCAAUACAUCAUUGGAAAGAGCACUCUUUAUGCUAUAAAAACAAUGUUUUCAUCUUACUUCCGUUAUAAAAAAUUUAACGGAAAAUAAAGAAAAUAUGUUGCGCGA